UGCUAGCAGUGUUGCAGAGAAAAAAGUUUCAUAUUCGUUUUAGGUAAACUGUGUAUCGGGAAAACACGCAGUACAAUGGCUAAUACGUAUGUUGUUAUUGCUGCAUCGGUUUUGUUCUGCAUUGGAUUAAUUGGAAAUUCUAUCACCGUGUGUUUUGUUGCUGUAUCCAAACGGCUGCACACUCCAACAUACGUCCUGAUUGGAUGCCUAGCAGUGUCUGACGUACUCGCCUCCGUGACGCGAUAUGUUCAGAUAUUUGACAGAUCUCUUUUUAAAGAAUAUUCACCUAGAUAUAUAUAUGGGAUAUUUACUUUUUUAUUUCUUCACUCUGCAAUUUUCCAUAUGGUAUUAGUAUCAAAUGUACGUUAUGUUUUCAUAACAAAUCCUCUGCACAGUUUGAAACUGACUUGUAAAAAAAUUAUGCUGAUGUCUUUUGCCAUUUGGAUAAGCUCUGUUGUCGUUUCCAUCGGAUAUGGAACAGUUAUAGUGCUAUCUUUAUUGAACAUGAUAUCUUUCGAAACAAUAUUGUUUACAGAAGUUGGGUUUGUCUUGUAUGUUUGUGGAUUGCCAUUUCUUGUUGUAGUUGUAUUUAAUGUUCGAAAGCUGUAUUAUCUGUUUAAACAAACUGCUAAUGUUAGACGAACCAGAAUAGCAAAUUCGAUGUCUGUGAUGUUUUGGAUCAUUAUCGUGAUUUAUCUUUUAAGCACAAUUUAUCCUUUAAUUUACAUUACCGACUAUGCAGUGUUUAAAAAAAGGCCACUUUUAAAUAGAAGAUUAGACUUUGUUCAUGAUAUGUUUUCUUUUUCGUUGCUUGUCAAUACUUGUUUGAAUCCUUUGGUAUAUUUCAUAUUUCAAGCCCCUGUUUGAAGAUUUCUCUCCCGAUUAAGAAAAUGUUGUAAUGAUGGCACAGAUCCACGCAUAAGCAAUCCUAGGUCUUGUUCACAAGUGGAAUAGCAUGGUAAACCAUUUUGUCCUUUACAAUUUGAUGUAAUUUCUUGUUAUUGUGAUUUCCGUCAUCAAAUAAAACCGUUUUUGUUCUACAUUAAGGUUGGCGAUAUUUUAAGAUUGUUUAAUUGUGUGUGGAGUUUAAGUGCGUAUUUUUAAUCAUAAUGUAUCACUCUGUGUAAUUUGUAAAUGUA